ACUCGCCUUCGCGCUCCUCUAGCCCAUGGAGCUAAUUCUGGCUCCACUUGUUGCUCGGCCCAGAAGUCGAUUGGACUAUUAAGCCCAGGAGUUGCUUUGGGGACGGCUGGAAGUGCAAUGUCUUCCAAGUUCUUCCUAAUGGCUUUGGCCAUAUUUUUCUCGUUCGCCCAGGUUGUAAUAGAGGCCAAUUCUUGGUGGUCGCUAGGUAUGAAUAACCCUGUUCAGAUGUCAGAAGUAUAUAUCAUAGGAGCGCAGCCUCUCUGCAGCCAACUGGCAGGACUUUCUCAAGGACAGAAGAAACUGUGCCACUUGUAUCAGGACCACAUGCAAUACAUCGGAGAAGGUGCGAAGACAGGCAUCAAAGAGUGCCAGUAUCAAUUCCGACAUCGAAGAUGGAACUGCAGCACCGUGGAUAACACCUCUGUUUUUGGCAGGGUUAUGCAGAUAGGCAGCCGCGAGACGGCCUUCACGUAUGCGGUGAGCGCCGCGGGGGUGGUGAACGCCAUGAGCCGGGCGUGCCGCGAGGGCGAGCUGUCCACCUGCGGCUGCAGUCGCGCUGCGCGCCCCAAGGACCUGCCUCGCGACUGGCUGUGGGGCGGCUGCGGCGACAACAUUGACUAUGGCUACCGCUUCGCCAAGGAGUUCGUGGACGCGCGCGAGCGGGAGCGCAUCCACGCCAAGGGCUCGUACGAGAGCGCGCGCAUUCUCAUGAACCUGCACAACAACGAGGCUGGCCGCAGGACGGUGUACAACCUGGCUGACGUGGCCUGCAAGUGCCACGGGGUGUCCGGCUCGUGUAGCCUCAAGACAUGCUGGCUGCAGCUGGCGGACUUCCGCAAGGUGGGUGACGCCCUGAAGGAGAAGUAUGACAGCGCGGCGGCCAUGCGGCUCAACAGCCGGGGCAAGCUGGUGCAAGUGAAUAGCCGCUUCAACUCACCCACCACACAGGAUCUGGUUUACAUCGACCCCAGCCCUGACUACUGCGUGCGCAACGAGAGCACAGGCUCGCUGGGCACACAGGGCCGCCUGUGCAACAAGACGUCGGAGGGCAUGGACGGCUGCGAGCUCAUGUGCUGUGGCCGCGGCUACGACCAGUUCAAGACCGUGCAGACCGAACGCUGCCAUUGCAAGUUCCACUGGUGCUGCUAUGUCAAGUGCAAGAAGUGCACAGAGAUCGUGGACCAGUUCGUGUGCAAGUAGUGGGCGCCACUGGCACCCAGUCCCACUCCCAGGACCCACUUAUUUAUAGAAAGUACAGUGAUUCUGGUUUUUGUUUUGUUUAUAAUAUUUUUUAUUUUUCCCCAAGAAUUGCAACCGGAACCAUUUUUUCUCUGUUACCAUUUAAGAACUCUGUGGUUUAUUAUUAAUAUUAUAAUUAUUAUUUGGCAGCAGUGGGGGGUGGAAACCUAGAAAAAUAUUUAUUUUGUGGAUCUUUGAAAAGGUAAUACAGGACUUCUUUUGAUGGUAUAGGAUGAGGGGGAAAUAGUACAUACCCUAACUUAGCUGUGUGGACAUAGUGCACAUCCAAAGGUAAAGAAAUACAUUUUUUUCCUCAUAUAUGGGGUCAUAUGGGAAUGGGUAGCAUCCAACUGAAUGAGGGUGGUGCAAAUCUAUGCACAAUUCAACUUCUGUGACCAAAAUGAGUUAUAACUGCUCUGUUGCAAGGUAAGCAAUCUUGAGAAAAGAACCCCCCAGAAAAGACUCCCUUCCCUGGGGGCUGCCAGCCUGCUUUAUACUUUUUCAAAAUAGUAAUUCAAAAUAAAUAAGGGCAAGAAUCUCAUAUUUUCAAGAAGAAAGGUAUACCCCAUGUCUCAUUCUUCUCAAAUAUACCAUCUGGAGAAGGUCCUAUUCUCAUAACUCAUGAAACUUAAGAAGCAGGGAACAUUAUCUAGAAAUAAAAAAUUUCAAACUCCUAUAUGAAGAUGAAGAUUGUUGGAAUUAGGAUUUCAGAUUGGAAAAAGAUUCCCCAAUGAUUAUGGACACUAGAUUUCUCUGAGGGGAGGGGGGCUAUGGGGAGGAAGUGGCUUGAAUAUAAAGGAAAAUAUCCUGUAAUUUUCUUAGGGAUACUUGGUUAAUAAAUGAUAAUACUGAAAAUAAUACAUGAAUUCCGUUCAUAGACUCUAAGCCCAAACAACAAGGUAACUGCAUGCAGUUCAGCACUGCACAGAGCAGAAAACCUAUUUGAGGAAAACAGUGAAAUCCACUGUCCUGGUAGACUUCAGCCCUUUCUGGUUCCUCCGUGCUGUGAUGUGAUAUGAUGCUGGCCAUGUUUUCAAAUAGCAGUGCCACUGGGUCCCCUUUGGUUGCAGGACAGGAAAUGAAACAUUAGGAGCUCUGCUUGGAAAACAGUUUGCUACUUAGGGAUUUUUUUUUCUGAAACUUUUAUUUUGAGGAGCAGUAGUUUCAUAUGUUUUAAGGACAUUCUGAUGGAGUUCACAGAGGUGUUGUAGCGGUUCACUGUGAGGAUCCUGUGUUCAGACUAUCCACUCAAGCUUUUCCUAUUAUACUGCAGGUGUACCCUAAAACUGUUCCUCGCGUACUUGAACAGUUGCAUUUAUAAGAGGGGAAGUGUGGUUUAAUGGUACCUGAUAUCUCAAAGUCUUUUGUACAUAGCAUAUAUAUAUGUGUAUAUAUAUAUGUGUAUAUAUAUGCAUAUACACAUAUACAUAAAUAUAAGUGUAUCUCAGUGCAGCCAGUGACUUAGAUUUUCAGUUUAUUCUGGGGUUAUUUCUCAGUCUAGUGCAUUGUCCUCCUUCACUGCAAUCCAGCUGGGGUUUUUCCAAAAGUUUUUUGAGUCUUGAGCUUGGGCUGUGGCCCUGCAGUGAUUAAAUCUUGAGCACUACGAAGCAACCUUGUUUCUGAGGAAGCUUGGAGUUCUGACUCACUGAAAUGCAUGUUGGUUUGGAGAUUUCUUUUCUCUUUCCCUCUCCACCCCCUUUCCUCCAGCCCCCAUUUCUGUAUACUUUGUGGCGAGGGCAUUAUUUGUUCAUCAUAGACAUGAACAUUAAAAAAUACUCAAAGAUCAGAAGCAUCAGCAAUGUUUCUCUUUUCUUAGUUCAUUCUGCAGAGUGGAAACUGGUGCCUGCUAGAUUUGGUAGUACUACUUUGAAUCCCUAUGGAAAAUACAGCCCAUUACAUAGAUAGAUAGCUAGUUACAGAAAUGUUUAAAAGCAAGGACACCUCUUUCCAAAAAGUGCCAUCAAAUGUGUUCUUAUCUCAGACUUACACUGUCUUAAAAGUUCGGAAAGAUACACGUCUUUUGUCCCCAUCAUAGGCUGCAUGGCCUUCAGAUCACCUCAGCCAACUGUGGCUCUUAAUUUAUUGCACAAGGAUGUCCACUUCCCCUCUGCUGCAGCAAGUUGCUAGCAAAAGAUCUUGAAAGUAAAAAGCACUAAUUAGUUUUAAAUGUCACUUUUUUGGUUUUUAUUAUACAAAAACCAUGAAGUACUUUUUUUAUUUGCUAAAUCAGAUUUUGUUCCUUUUUAGUGAUUCAUGUUUAUGAAGAGAGUUGAGUUUUAACAAUCCUAGCUUUUAAAAGAAACUAUUUAAUGUAAAAUAUUCUACAUGUCAUUCAGAUAUUAUGUAUAUCUCCUAUGGCCUUUAUUCUGUACUUUUAAUGUACAUAUUUCUGUCUUGUGUGAUUUGUAUAUUUCACUGGUUUAAAAAACAAACAUCGAAAGGCUUAUGCCAAAUGGAAGAUAGAAUAUAAAAUAAAAUGUUACUUGUAUAUUGGUAAGUGGUUUCAAUUGUCCUUCAGAUAAUUCAUGUGGAGAUUUUUGGAGAAACUGUGAGGGAUAGUUUAGGAUGACUACAUGUCAAAGUAGAAGAGUGGAGAAUUUUACCAAAACCAAACUAUUUGGAAGCUUCAAAAGAUUUCUAUAUGUAACAGAACAAAAGGGGAAUUCUCUUUUCCUAUAUGUGUUCCUCAAAAGAAAUCAAGCAGAUGGUUUAAAGCUGGUUAUAGGAUUGCUCACAUUCUUUUAGCAUUAUGCAUGUAACUUAAUUGUUUUAGAGCGUGUUGCUGUUCUAACAGCCCAGAGAGGCACGAAAAGGCGCAUGCUUUUAUCUAUGACCAGAUUUUUAGUCCAAAAAAAAAAAAAGUGUCUUUGUGUUUACUGCAACUAUUGCACCUCUCUAUUUGAAUUUACUGUGGACCACUUGUGGUGUAUCUAUGCCCUUUGAGAGCAGUGUUUGUAAAAAGAAAGCCUCAGUCUUCAGAAAAUGAAAAUUCAUUGGAAACGAAAGGUUCAUUGUGUUAAACGCAAUUAAUAUGAAUUCUUGUGCUUUACAGAAAUGUACCCUGAAAUCUGGACAGCGCUGCCUAGAUAGAUACAUUAGCCCUUUGCUUUUUUUUUUUUUUUUCUUUCUGGAUAACCUUGUAACAUGGUGAAACCUUUUAAGGAUGCCAAGAAUGCAUUUUUCCACAAAAAACAGUAGACUAACAUAUAGAAUGUUUAAAAUAGCAUUUCUGAGCAAAUUCAAAUGCUUGUGGUUCUAGGACUCACAUCUGUUUCAGUUUUUCCUCCGUUGUAUAUUGACCAGUGUUCUUUAUUGCAAAAACAUAUACUCGAUUUAGCAGCGUCAGCGUAUUUUUCCCUCUCAUCCUGGAGUGCAUUCAAGAUCUUAAUAUAGGAAAAUUAACAAAAAAGUUUAUAUAUAGGCAGCAGCAAGCAGAACCCUGUUCAUAAUAGUCACUAUGGGCUCCAGUAAAAAGUAGGUUUUAAGUUUGAGUCCAGUUGAUCUGUUCUGUGAGCUACUAACUUCCUGAGACUGGCAUUCUCUAUGUUUUAGUAGCCUACCCAAACUCUUUUCUCAGAUGAUUUUGCCAAUCCCAAUUUUCAGUUUGUUUUUACAAAACUAUUCAAGCCACCGGAAUGAUCAAAUAUGAUGCUAAAGUAGGAUAAGCACUCCAAAUAAGAGACUGGUACGAGCUAACUACCAGAGAUCAUUUGGAAAAACAGUCCCCAAAGACUGAGGGGUCCACAAUAUACAUAUAUAGAGAGAUAGAAAAGUUACUUAUAACUUGAAGCAUAUAUUUAACGCAAAUACGCACCAAGGCACAGGUCUGAAAAUACUGCAUUAUCACUGUAAACUGUACUUAUAAAAUAUUUAUUUUUUUUAUUAAAAAUAUUUUCUAGUCUUCUCUCUCUUUAUGGAAUGGUGAAAAUGAGAUGCCAUGUUUUGAAAGUAAGAGGAUGAAAUGCAUUUUUAAUUCAGGGAACAUGGGAAUUAAAACUUUAAAAAGGGAUCUGUUAAUUUACCUGUUCACACAAACUUUACAGUUAAAUCUGAUGAUUGGAUGAUAUUUUAGUGAAGCAUCAUCUUGUGAACCAACUUUUAAAAAUGGAUAUAGAAUGAUUACAAGUUGGUAUGAUUUUUUUAAAGAGUAUCAAUUUGAAUCUAGAAGAUUGAAUUAAAAUGCUGUCUCAGUAUUUCAAAAGAAAAAAAAAGAAUGGAGGAAAAUUGCAUCUUAGACCAUUUUUAUAUGCAGUGUACAAUUUGCUGGGCUAGAAAUGAGAUAAAGAUUAUUUAUUUUUGUUCAUAUCUUGUACUUUUCUAUUAAAAUCAUUUUAUGAAACCCA